AUGUUUUGGGCAGAUGCAACUUCUAGACGGGCGUACGGGUUUUAUGGAAAUGUUGUUGUAUUCGAUACCACAUUCAACACGAAUAGAUACGACUUGACAUUUGCACCAAUGUUGGGAGUUAAUAACCAUGGUCAAACAAUUGUCCUAGCAUGCGCAUUUUUGAGCAAGGAAACGACUGAGUCGUUUAUUUGGAUGUUUGAGGAGUUUAAGAAAGCCAUGCCAGGUGGCGAACCUAAAACGAUCAUCACAGAUCAAGAUGCGGCAAUGAGCAGAGCGAUUUCAAUAGCCUUCCCGACUACAUUUCAUCGACUUUGCAUAUGGCACAUCACAUCAAAGUUCUCUGUUAAGUUACCACAUUCUGCUUAUAAGGAGUAUUGGGGUGAAUUCCAGAAAGCCAUAUGGGAUACUGACAAUAAGGAUGAGUUUGAUGCAAAAUGGAAUAUUGUGGUUACAAAGGCUGGUUUGACUGACCAUCCAUGGCUAAGUUCAAUGUUUGAUUUAAGGGAAUCUUGGGUUCCAGCCUACGCACGACACUUUUUUGCCGCUGGAAUGUCAAGCAGCCAAAGAGCGGAAUGUUCUCAUGGUUUCUUCAAGCAAUACAUAUCAAGGAGAAAUUCGUUGAUGGAUUUCAUAAUAAGAUUUGAGAGGGCACUUUCUCAUCAACGUCAAAAAGAGUUAGUUGCUGAUCACGUAGAUGCAUUUGAAGUGGCUCAAUGUAUUCUACCGAUGCCAAUGAACAAACAAAUGGCUACCUUGUACACAAGGACAAUGUUUCAAAAGUUUGAGCAAGAAUUAAUACAAAGUACAGCAUGUUUCCUAGAGCUGAAAACAGAGGAUGCUUCUAAAGUUGUCUUUAAUGUGAGCGAAAGGAAAAAUUGGGAAACAAGAGUGGCAGAAGUCGUAUAUGUCAAAGAUUCUGACCACGCAUCGUGUAGCUGCAAAAGAUUUGAAUUUGUUGGAAUUAUUUGCAAGCACAUCCUAGCAUUGUUCAGAAGGGACCAGAUUGAAUAUAUGCCCGAUAAAUACAUUUUGAAGAGGUGGAAGAAAACUGCGAAAUUUGGAUUGGUGUCAGAUGCAAAUGGCAACGAAAUUAAAGACUCUGCAAAUCCUGGUCUUUUAAUAAAGCGGAGUACAAUGUCCCGACUUGCUUCAGAUGUGGUUGAGGAUGCAUUAAUGUGUGAAGAAGGAUGUGAGCUACUGUCAGAGACUCUAAAAAGUUUGCGGGUGAAGUUGAAGUUGUUGAAGGAUGGACCAAGUAAUAACGAAGUUGGAGGGUCCAGCUCUCAAACACAAUAUAUGAAAGACCCUAAGAGAGUAAGGUGCAAUGGAGGGUCGAAACGAGUAACGGGAGCAAAGGAAAAGGCAAUGAAGCGAGGGAUUAGACACUGUCGGGAGUGUGGACACAUUGGUCAUGAUAGAAGACAAUGCCCAAGAAAUUUGAACACACCGACAUCACCGUUGAACAAUGACGAAUCAACUCCAAUAGAUCUUAGUGACCCAUUAUUCAACGAAUUUUACAAGAUGCACGGACCAACUCAAUGA